AUGGGAGACUUCAACUGCCACCAUCAAAUGUGGUACGGAGUAACCUCACAUGAAUAUAGAAACAACAUUCGAGCAGACCGCGUCAAUGGUGCACGGCUAAAACAAUGGAUAACCCGACAGAAACUGACCCUCCUGAAUGAACCAGGAGUCUACACGCAUUUCCCUAGAGACAGAGGGAAAAGGCCCACAAUCAUCGACCUUACAUUUGUAAAAGGCCCAAUACUUGACCACAAUCUACGAUGGAGUACUGAACCCUACGGAGCGGGCUCAGACCACGGGAGAACCUCCGUCCAUCCACACCUGGAAAAACCACCCUUUGUACCAAGACGAAUGUGGCGACAAACAGACUGGAAGCUAUUGGAAAACCACAUAUCAAACCUUUCCCUCCCUGCAGAAGCAUGGGAAACCAAGGAACACACGGAACAAACUGUCGAAUUCUUCCUGGAACUGGUCAAGUCAACAAUCAACAUAGUCACGCCACUCUCGAAGGAGGGUGUAAGAGCUAACUCCUGGUGGUCAGACGAAAUGAAACAAAUGAAGGCAAGGGUAAACUCGGCAGAGAGGAAGGCGAGAAAUACAAGGAAACCCAACCAUGUGGAGGAGCACCGGAAGGCAUGCAGGGAAUGGACAGUCAUGAUCCGGAAAGCAAAAGCAGACCAGCGGGAAAAGACGAUGAACGAAGCGAAAGGUAGUGAGGUCUGGAGAGUCCUAAAUGUAGGAAGGAGAAGAGACACAAUCAUACCAACCAUACAAGGUGAAGAAACGUUUGCAGGGAAGUGUCAAGCCUUAAGAGCCCAACUCUUCCCCUCAAAACGGACGUCCCCCGACCAUCCCCCCCUAAACAUCAGACCCCCCUCUUUUGACCUUAGUAACACUUUCGACACAGUCACCCCCGAAGAACUCAGGAAAGCAAUCGACUCCUGCCCAAUGCACUCGGCGACCGGCCCGGAUGGCAUCCCCUAUAUCUUUAUCAAAGCAAUAGUUAAAGCGAACAUAACUCUAAUCCAAGACAUGUUCUCCGCUAUGCUUCGGCACGGAGUACAUCCAGCGGAAUGGAAAAUAGCAAAAUGCACCCCGAUCCCGAAACCCGGCAAGGCAAACUAUCAUGAAGCAAAAGCCUAUCGGCCCAUCUCCCUCCUACAAUGCUUCAGCAAAAUCCUGGAGAAAAUAGUGGCUCAAAGACUCUGCACCGCUGGAGAAAUCCUAGGCACACUCUCAGCGAAUCAAUUCGGAGGAAGACCAACCAUCUCAGCAAUCGACGCCCUUUUAAGAACCCUAACACCGGUACAACAAAACCUACUUUUGAAGAACAGCACCGGAGUCGCCCGGCGGGACAGACCAGCGAUCCUAACCAACGACAUCCAGGGAGCAUUUAACUGUGUAGACCACCUACUCCUCGCAGAAAUCAUGCACCAGCAAAAAUUCCCCACCUACCUAACAGAAUGGUGCAAGGAAUUCAACACCGGCAGAAAACUACAGUUCCAAUUUAACCAUGAACUAGAGGAACCACAGCCCUAUGAAUCUGGAGUCCCGCAAGGUAGCCCCAUGUCCCCGGUACUAUUUAUGAUCUAUGCCGGAGUAAUCCUGGACCCAACAAGCAGCCCGAAAGAGAUGGACACAACAUACACCGAUGAUGAUGCGCUGGUGCAAGUAUCCAAAACACCAGGGUUCAUAAUCAAAAGAAUGGAGGAACGAAUGAGAGAAAGACUAAUAAAAGCCGACCCACUCCAAAUCAAAUACGACCCGGAUAAAUCCGACCUGAUCUUCUUCC